CGCGGACACCGAGCGGAAGGCCCCAGCAGGAAUCAUCUGGUCUGGAUCAGCAUAACAAUGGAUGGAUCUCCUCCUGAAAUGCGCCCCCCUGUGGGGUGUAACAGAAAGAGCGCUGAGAGUGUCCUGAUGAAGAGAGCAGACUCCCCUGUACACAGCUGUGUUUCCCUGAAGAGUGACAGGUCAAUGGGGGAACCACUCAACUUCAGAGAGAGACCUUUUCAUACAGAUCAAAGAGACCAAAUGGAAGAAUGCAGUUCAGAUCUACAUGAUAAAUCGGGUUUAUCAUCCAUAUUGAAGUCACUAGAGAAAAAAGCCAUGAAGUUUUUAAAAGACGAGCUGAAGACGUUUGUGAGGCACCUAGAUCAGAAUUACCCAGAAUCCUCUGAGCCCCAGCUGGAGGAGGACAAUGACCUGGACUGUGAUGGUCAGAUGCAGAAGACCAGUGUUAGAGAGGUAGCUCUGAAGAUCACACUGUACAUCCUGAGGACCAUGAAGCAAAAUGAUCUUGCUGACAUGCUGGAGAAGAGACAGCUCAUGCUACAGGAAUUCAAAGGUAAACUUAAGAAGCAAUUUGAGUGUGUAUUUGAAGGGAAAGCUAAGGAAGGACAGCCAACACUUCUCAGUGAGAUUUACACAGAACUCUACAUAACUGAAGGUGGGACUGGAGCAGUAAAUGAUGAACAUGAAGUGAGACAGAUUGAAACAGCAUCCAAGAAAAGGCGAACAGAAGAUACUACAGUCAAGUGCAAUGAUAUAUUUAAUCCCUUAUGUGGGCGUGAGACACCUAUCAGAACUGUACUCACUAAAGGGGUGGCAGGUAUCGGGAAAACAGUCUCUGUGCAGAAAUUCAUUCUCGACUGGGCAGAAGGAAAAGCAAACCAGGAUGUUCACUUCAUAUUUGCUCUUCCUUUCCGGGACCUGAAUUUGAUUAAGGGUGAAUACAGUCUGAUUGAACUGCUUCACCACUUUAUCCCAGAACUAAAACUACUGAAAUCCACUGACCUGUUUAGGUACAAAAUCUUGUUCAUCUUUGAUGGUCUCGAUGAGUGUCGCCUUCCUCUUGAUUUUCAGAACAAUGAGAGCUGGUUUGAUGUAACAAAGAAAACGUCACUGGAUGUUCUGUUGACUAACCUCAUUAAGGGGAAUCUGCUCCCAUCUGCUCUCCUCUGGAUAACCUCCCGGCCAGCAGCAGCCAAUCAGAUACCUGCUAAGUGUGUCCACCAGGUGACAGAGAUACGAGGGUUCAGUGAUGCCCAGAAGGAGGAGUAUUUCAAGAAGAGAUUUAAUGAUCAGAGCCUGGCCAGCAGGAUUAUCACACAUGUGAAAUCAUCAAGGAGCCUCUUCAUCAUGUGCCACAUACCUGUGUUCUGCUGGAUUUCAGCCACUGUGCUUAAGAGGCUUUUUAGUGAGACUGACAGUGGAGAAAUUCCAAGGACUCUGACUGAAAUGUACACACACUUCCUGAUCUUUCAGACAAGUUUAAAAAAUGACAAGUAUAUGAAAAAACAUGAAACUAAGCUUAAGGAAUACAGCAAGGAAUUCCUUUUAAAACUUGGUAAACUUGCUUUUGACAACCUUGAGAAAGGCAAUCUCAUAUUUUAUGAGCAAGAUCUGACAGAGAAUGGCAUUGAUGUCGCUGAAACUUCAGUUUACUCUGGAGUGUGCACAGAAGUCUUUAAAGAGGAGUAUGGGUUGUACCAGGAGAAGGUGUACUGCUUUGUGCAUCUGAGCAUCCAGGAGUAUCUCGCUGCUUUAUAUUUGUUUCUGUCAAACUCAUCAGCUGACCUGCUGAAGACUGCAGUGGAUCAGGCAUUGAAGAGCAAGAAUGGACACUUGGACCUCUACCUCCGCUUCCUCCUGGGCCUCUCAACAGACUCCAGUAAGACUCUGUUACAAAAACUACUCAGACAGACAGGAAGCAGAUCACAUAACAUUGAGGAAACAUCCCAAUACAUCAAGGAGAAAAUACAGGAGAAUUUAUCUCCAGAAAGGACCAUCAACCUGUUCCACUGUCUGACUGAACUGGGUGACAAUUCCCUAGUAGAGGAAGUACAAAGAUACCUGAAUUCAGGAAACAUUUCAGCAGAUGACCUCUCACCUGCACAGUACUCAGCUCUGGCCUUUGUAAUGCUGAUGUCAGAUGAGGAGCUGGAUGUGUUUGACCUGAAGAAAUACAUCAGAUCGGAUAAACAGCACUGCAGGCUGCUGCCUGUGGUCAAGAACUCCAGGACGGCUCUGCUGAACAGCUGUGAUCUCAUAGAUAAACACUGUGAAGUGCUGUCUUCAGCUCUAAGAUCAAACUCCUCAGCCCUGAGAGAGCUGGACCUGAGUGACAAUAACCUGAAGGAUUCAGGAGUGAAGCUGCUCUCUAUUGCACUGGGGGAUUUACACUGUAAACUGGAGAUAUUGAGGCUGUCAGGCUGUAGAGUCACAGAAGAAGGCUGUUCUUCCCUGGCUUCAGCUCUGAAGUUAAACCCCUCACACCUGAGAGAGCUGGAUCUGAGCUACAAUCACCCAAGAGACUCAGGAGUGAAGCUGCUCUCUGCCGUACUGGAGGAUCCCAGCUGUAAACUGGAGAAGCUGCAGCUGAACAGCUGUAAUCUUAUUAUGAAACACUGUGAAGUGCUGUCUUCAGCUCUAAGAUCAAACUCUUUCCCCCUGAAAGAGCUGGACCUGAGUGAGAAUACCUUGAAGGAUUCAGGAGUGAGGCUGCUCUCUGCUGCACUGGGGGAUUUGCAUUGUAAACUGGAGAUAUUGAGGCUGUCAGGCUGUAGAGUCACAGAAGAAGGCUGUUCUUCCCUGGCUUCAGCUCUGAGGUCAAACCCCUCACACCUGAGAGAGCUGGAUCUGAGCUACAAUCACCCAGGAGAUUCAGCAGUGAAGCUGCUCUCUGCUGUACUGGAGGAUCCCAGCUGUAAACUGGAGAAGCUGCAGGUGGGCCGGUGUGAACUCACAGAGAAAUGCUGUGAGGCACUGGCUUCAGCUCUUAGAUCAAACUCCUCACCCCUGAGAGAGCUGGACCUGAGUGACAAUGACCUGCAGGAUUCAGGAGUGAAGCUGCUCUCUGGUGGACUGGGGGAUUCACACUGUAAACUGGAGAUACUGAGGCUGUCAGGCUGUAGAGUCACAGAAGAUGGCUGUUCUUCCCUGGCUUCAGCUCUGAGGUCAAACCCCUCACACCUGAGAGAGCUGGAUCUGAGCUACAAUCACCCAGGACACUCAGGAGUGAAGCUGCUUUCUGCUGUACUGGAGGAUCCCAGCUGUAAACUGGAGAAGCUGAAUGUGGAUCACGGUGGAGAGUGCAGGACCAGACCAGGCUUACAGAAAUACUCCUGCCACCUGACGCUGGACCCCAACACAGCAAACAGAUUCCUGUCUCUGUCAGGGGGGAACAGGAAGGUGACAUGGGGGGCAGAGCAGCCAUAUCCUGAUCAUCCAGAGAGAUUUGACAGCUGGGAACAAAUUCUGUGCAGAGAGAGUCUGAGUGGCCGCUGUUACUGGGAGGCUGAGUGGGAUGGAGAUGCUGCCUGCAUAGGAGUGACUUAUAAAGGGAUCAGGAGGAAAGGAGGGAGUGACUGUCUGCUUGGAUUCAAUGACAAGUCAUGGUGUCUGUGGUGUGAUCCUGUCAGUUACUCUGUCCGGCACAAUAAUAAACAGACUCUCAUACCCAUACGGGCCUCAGGGCCCCACAGAGUAGGAUUGUAUCUGGACUGGGGGGCUGGUGCUCUGUCCUUCUACAGAGUCUCCUCUGAUGGACUGACCCCCCUGCACAGAUUCACCUCCUCAUUCACUGAGUCCCUCUAUCCAGGGUUUCGGGUUUAUUGUGACUCCUCAGUGUCACUCUGACGUGUUGCUGGUUCUCCUGGCAAAAAGGUAAAAUCUCUGCUUUUAAACCUUUAUAAUCCUUUUUACUCUGAAAUGUACAGUAUUGUGCAAAAGUCUUAGGCAGACAAAGAAAAUGAUGUUUAGAUUAUCCUCCUGUUGGUGUAAAACUAUGAUAUGAUGCCUGUCAGUGUGUCAGCUUCGCCAUUUCAGAACCUCUGCUAAAAUCAUCCUAGUAUUUACAGUGACCGUCCAGUGCAGCCAUGUAUUUUUUGACUUGGCCACUAGCAGACCUCAUACAGUUAGUCAAUCUCUCACUGACUUUUUAAAUCAAUAUAUUUAAUUAUUUAAUUGAGCUGUUGGUGAAAUUUAACAAUCGUGGAACGGCUGAGGUGCCCCUGAGGAGAAGUUUGGGAACUGAAGCAGUGUUCAUCUAGCCAUCCAACUAGAUAUCAGUAACUUUUUAGGAAACAGAAGAAAUUAUUACUAGUUUUUAUUGUGUUACUCUUAAUUUGUUCUAAUGUUAAAUUGAGUUUUUUGUUCUAAGCCAAAAAUACACUUGCUACCCAGAUAAACAGCUUUAAACAUUUCUUUGGACUGCCUAAGACUUUUGCAGAGUACUGUAUGUUUGACAAGAAAUAAAUAAAUAAAUAAAUAAAAAUUCAGUGAGCUGAAUAAACAUGAAAAAUAUAGUUUUAUGCUUUUCCUCUCUGACUAAAAUGUAACUAAAUGUAAUCCUGAUUGGGGGGGGGGCUUUCCCUCUCCCCUGUAUAUGUAUAUUUUUUAUAUUUAU